AUGUGGAGGAAACACCAAGGAGUUUGUCGAGGUGCUCAGCCGCGAUCAAAACAAAAAUCUGUAUCAAGGCAAGAAAACGCCACAGCUAUUACAAAUAAUGCCACAUUAUCAUCAAAAAAAGACGAAAAACACACAAAAAAUAAUGGCAACAAUACAAAAACUAAAACCACACAAAACAAAAUAGUAAAUUGCGAAAAAAGUAUUCAACGAAGAUAUAAAAAGCCAAAAUUUAACGUGCCAAGGAAAACUGAAAAUAUAACAAAGAGCGGAGAAAUAUUUUUAUCACAAACAAUACAAAAUUCAUCAAAAGCAAAGGUUACACUUUCACAACCUCGAAAUGACAGCGACUCGGUUAUUAAAUUAGGAAAAACCGAUGAAAAUAUAACAUCUGAUAGCAUAACCGAAAACCACGAUAAAAUUAAUUUAAUUAAAGGUUCCAAUGAAAAUUCUAUUAUUUCAAAUGAAAAUACAAAAAGUGAUCAGACAGACGAUAUUUUUGUGAAGAGUGACACAAAAAACGAUAAGACAAGGAUUUGUUUAGAUCAAAAUAUAUUAAACUGCGAUAUAUGUUCGUAUAAAACAAAAAUUGAGAAUCACUUGAUAAAUCAUUUGAAAGUGCAUGAAUCCGCAAAGAAAUAUAGAUGUAGCCUUUGUGAUUACAUCACCAGUUUUAAAGGAAGUUUAGGGUAUCAUCUAAGAACGCAUACAGGAGAGAAACCUUUUUCUUGUGAUGUUUGUAAAAAGACAUUUACACGAAGAGGCGAUUUAAAUAGGCAUAUCAAAACGCAUACAGGAGAGAAACCUUUUUCUUGUAAUGUUUGUAAAAAGACAUUUACACAAAGAGGCUCUUUAAAUAUUCAUAUCAAAACGCAUACAGGAGAGAAACCUUUUUCUUGUAAUGUUUGUAAAAAGACAUUUACACAAAGAGGCAAUUUAGAUAUGCAUAUCAGAACGCAUACAGGAGAGAAACCUUUUUCUUGUGAUGUUUGUAAAAAGACAUUUACACAAAAAGGUUCUUUAAACAAUCAUAUCAGAACGCAUACAGGAGAGAAACCUUUUUCUUGUGAUGUUUGUAAAAAGACAUUUACACAAAGAGGUUCUUUAAACAAUCAUAUCAGAGCGCAUACAGGAGAGAAACCUUUUUCUUGUGAUGUUUGUAAAAAGACAUUUACACGAAGAGGCGAUUUAAACAUUCAUAUCAGAAGACGUCAUAUUAUUAAACAUUUACAAAGCCAAGAAUCUUAGUUAUUAUGUAAAGGAAAUAUUAAAUGUUAGGUUUAAUUACAAAACAAAUAAUUUAUCCUACUCAGUGUCACUUAUAGUAAAUAUUUAGAACACUAUAUGUUGUAUU